AGAAGAUCUUGCAACGUUCGUGAUCUUAUAAAUUUUAUGUAGUAGAAUUUAUGAUACUGUAUAUACGAGUGACUGUUUCCUCUUUCGUUGUCCUUCUCUUUCCCCACUCCUUCUGCAACUCUUUCUCUCUGAUAAAUACGCACACUAACUCACCUACUUACUCUCUCGUAUAUCUCGAUUGCAGUUACGUUCUACGCUAAUUUUUUUUAUCAGUGCUUUUCAGCCAUUAAAUACGAGACACCGCGAAGAUACCCGUGUUAACGAUGAGCGACGAUUUUGAUCUUUGUGAAUGUAUAUGGGCUAACGACUUGCUCAUGCAACGUCUACUUUCUAUCUUACGGCAAACACAAAAUUACUGUUCGGACAAUGAAUGUUUUAGCUUCUCAAGGCUGCCAGGACCGCUUCCUGUACAGCCGUCCACUAAUUUUUUCAUGACAUGUUUAUUCUUUGCAUUUAUUGUUUUAAUGUAUAUUAUCAGACCAAGAUCUCUUCGACGUGCAUCAUUGCGGAGCAAUGUUGUUAAAAAUCGAGACGAUAUAUCCGGCCCGAGCGAUGAUCCUCCAACACCACCACCUACAGGAAAUUAAAAACACAGAAAGAGUAGAUGUCUAGAGAAAUUUUGUUCUACUCUCAUAGUUGGAGUUAUCAAAUGGAAAGUAACAAUAUUGGAAGAGUAAUUAUGAAUCAGAAGAAUCGUGAUCUGAGAUCUUUCUUUUUUUCUUGUUUCUUUUUUUAAUGCAAAUGUUAUAAAGAUUUAUAUUCAGUAUUAAUUAUCUAACGAUAUAAUACUAUAUUUUAUAUGGGAACGCAAUUUUAAUAGAACUAUAUUUUGUAUUCUAUCCCAUUCUUUCUUUUCCAUUUCUUCCUACUAACAGCUCGUUCACACGGCACCAAAUCGGUAUUUUAUUCUAAUUAAUUAAUUAGUUAUUUUACCAUCUUCUACAGUGACGCAUUUGUUAUACAUAUAUGUUAUGGCGCAUAUGGGGUAUUACAAUGUGUAUAGAAGUUAUGUAAAAUACUAGCACUAAUCAUGAUAAAUAUAAGAAAUCUCAAUGUUUAAAUAUUGUAUAACGCAAUUGUAUAGCAAUGGGUAUGGCGUAUUUAUAAUUAGUAUAAGAGAAUUAUUUUGUCAUGAAAAUUUUAUUAUGCAAAUUAUUCUUUCCAUUCCAAUUAUAUGGCAAAUGUAAAAAUGUACGAUGACUGAACAUAUUUUAAUAAAUACAUUUUUCUUCCUUAA